GCAGCCUCGCUCUCUCUCGGACUAGAGAUGGAGAGCGAAGCGGUGGCUGCGGAGGUGGCCGCUUUGGAGCCGUUGCUUGCUGGUGAGCAGGUCAAACCAUUUACACCAGAAGAAGCUAAAGAAAUUGUGAUGACUCUUCAAAAACCAGUGGUCUUCAGCAACAUGACUUUCGAUUGGCCGGUACUUCAUUGGAAUGUUACACAUCUGGCUAGUCUAUUGGCUGGAAAGAAAAUACUUUUUAGAAUAGGAAGGAAGGACACAGCUACAGCUCCUCUCUUCGAAACGGAGUGUGCGUAUGCAGAGGCUACGCUUGAUGAUUUUCUGGCCUGGAGUGGAAGACAGCAACCUUGUCCUUCUGGACCAUUCAGUAGUUAUGAUUUGUGUAAAUGCUGGAUGUAUGCUGACUAUAAGUACAUUGCUAGGCUAUUUGAAGACAAGCCAGAACAUUUUCAGGACAUUAGAUGGUCUGAUUUUGGAUUUCCUGGAAGAAAUGGAAAGGAAAGCACUCUGUGGAUUGGUUCUACUGGAGCAAACACACCCUGUCAUUUGGAUUCCUACGGCUGCAACUUGGUGUUGCAGGUGCAAGGCAGGAAAAGGUGGCAUCUGUACCCACCAGAAGACUCCAGGCUACUUUAUCCUACCAGAAUUCCCUAUGAAGAAUCCAGUGUAUUCAGCAAAGUCAGUGUGCUUAAUCCAAAUCUGAGGCAACAUCCACUGUUCAAAAAAGCCCGAGCCCAUGUGGUUACACUUGAUCCUGGCCAGGUCUUGUUGGUUCCUAGACACUGGUGGCAUUAUGUGGAGUCCAUUGACCCCAUCACCGUUAGCGUUAAUUCCUGGAUUGAACUGGAUGCAGAUCAUGAAGCCCGCAUAGAAGAGGCAAUAACUCGAACAAUGAUAUGUGCAAUGAAGGCUGCAGAAAACCCCAGUGAUACAGAUUCUUGGCUCAACCCCACAGAGGUUGAGGUAACAUCCCAUAAUACCAACCUUGAGUAUUUAAACAAAGCGGUGUCUUCUUAUUUAGAACAUCAGAAGACAAGUGUAAUUAAGCACCAGGUCCCUCAAAUGCACAGUACUGAUGGAAUUCUUCAAGAGUCAUACAAGAGGAGGAAAGUACAGAUCAAUACAGAAUCUGCGUGCAUAAAAUCUAAACCCUGUGACUCUAGCAGAACAGUAAUUGAAACAGAAAAGCUGACAACAAUUCCCUGUGGACAGAGCCUUUUUCAGGUUUUACCACAGUCCCAGGAAACUUAUCCAACUGGAGUAGCUGAAUGUGAAAGUGAGAGACAUUUUGGAAAAUUACAUCCUUCUGGGAAGACAUCUAUGAUGACUACUAAUUCUGGGGCCCUCAUGGAGGAUCUAGAAUGCAUGACCACUUCCCCACAAACUCUCAUUUCUACAAAUGAUUUGCUAGAUUGUGCACUGGACCCACAAGUCGUGGGUUUAAUAGCUCGUCUUUUAUUGGAGAAAGUGAAUAUUUCGAAUCCAUUGAAAUAAAAAAAAGCAAUGACAAAAUGUUCUCUGGAAGCUCUUGAACUUUGGAGAACUAGCAACAAGAAUCGAAAUGCAUUUUAAAAAGUACAAAUGUAGACUUCCAAAUAAUAUAAUGAUUAAGCCUGUGAAAGGUAACGGGGCAGAUAAUACAGUAGGAGCAUAAUGGCAUUAUACACUGUAGCAGUAGUCAUAAUAAACAUUUCACCUAAAGGUUUAUAGGCUUUCAUAAUACUGUAUCAUUUUAGGAACUUUUGAAUAGAUCUGUCAGGUUAAUGAUAUUAUUGUUCCGACAUGUAGACAUGGCUCCUGAAUCAGAGAGAGAGAUUAGUUUAUCUAAAGCCAGUAAUCCAUUAGGUGAUAUUGGAAAAGUAUUUCCAAUCAGAAGUUCAUGUUCUUACAGAAUUAACUCAAAAGAAGUGGGGGACAGUUACAUCUACUUUUCAGGGAUUAAUUUUUUUUCCUCCAGCCAUCUAAUUCCUACAUGGCAAAUGGACUCUAGUCUCCCAAUAUCUGUGCUAUAAUAAAUGCAUUUAAUCUUUGCCAUAUACAGUAUAUCAUCCAUUCUUUUCCAUCUAGUUCAGGAUUGUCAAACUGCUGGCCCACGGGCCGGACGCGUCACAAGGAAACUGUGCCCACCCCAUUGCUGGCAAUGGGGAAAGAGCUCCGAUACGUCACACGAUAUCACGUGACGUCAUGAGUUUGACAUGUCUGAUCUAGUCCAUGCAGAAAAAAUGAACUUGGAUGGGCAAACAUUAGUUACAAAAUAGCACAUGCAAGGAUGUGUUUUUAGAUCAAGGUUCUUAAUUAAUGUGUUAUGGUUUUCCAUGGUAGUGAUCUCCCAAACAUAUUUGCUUGUUGAUUAAAUUCCCUAAACAACGCUGUCCUUUCUUAAACAUGGACAUUCCAACCAUUUUCAAUUCAGAGCCAUCCAGAUAUGUUGGACUACAAAAUCCAGCAUUCCCAUUUGUAAAGAAGGCUGUAGUAAUACUGUAUGCUAUGUGCCUAUAAAA